AUGCCGAGCAUCAUAAAUACAUCCCGGCCCCUUUUCGCUGGGGCCGCUCAGAACGCUGCGCCGUACUCUAGGUCCACAACCCCGUCUGGAAGCUCUCAUUAUAAGACGCCUGCCGAAACAGCCGAAAACGGGGACGACGAUGACAUUCCUCUCGCAGAUCGGAUUCCGACCGCUCUUGCUGCACAGAAGUCCAUCCGCGUUUCCGCUCGUUCCUCUGCUCGACGUCCUCCAAAACUCAAGUCAUCAGUCGUCGCCCUUCCUUCACAGAUAGAAGUCGAAGGGGGGAAGCCGCCGCCUUCUCCAGGACUACCGGCCGAGGAACUCAUGCAGAAGCUUAUGGAUUUACAGGUUCAGCAUAGUCUACCUGCAUCGAAGAACGAUGCGAGUCCCCCGGUGAAAAGGCUUACGGCACGAGAACCAGCCGGUUCAGCAUACACAUCAAUCGUCUUGCGUCCAGUUGCUACCACUAUACCCAGUCGUGAGCAGAGCCGACCAGCGGUCUUGCAGCGGUCCGAAGACAAGAGAAAAGGCCCCAUCACCAGCCCCACGAUAUCUGAGUUCCAAAGUUCUAUCGCUCCUGGGUCACGACACGCGGUUAUGACUCAAGGUGCACCAGCUCCUAUCGUGGCUCUUCCCCGGUCUUCCGAAAUGCCUUCUCGAGUUGUGUCUCGAAAUGGUACCAUGCGUCAACAGCAGUCGCGUCCUUCAGAUGAAGCACAAAUAACGCAAUCAGAAUCGCGGGCGGAUAGUGACACGAACACACGAUCAUUGUCAAGAUCAAAUACAAAGAAAAGUCACAUUGAUCCGCAAUCGAAAUCUUGCGCUUUCUCUUCGGCGGGAUUCUCAGAUAACCAUGUGGCGGGACCACCACAAGCGUAUUUUGGGCCGCCACAGUUGGACAUUCUGUUCACGGUUGACGUCCAUGUUCUCAAUUUGCGAACAGUCGUUAAGAUUGAUGUUGACGCAUCUACCACCGCUAAGUCUGCUUUGGACAUCGUCAUGAAGCAAUCCAGAGCAACCACGCGAGAUAUUCCUGCGCAGCAAGACGUUACUCUUUGGGAACUUGUGAAUGACUUUGGGAUGGGUGAGAGUUUGCCCGUGUUUUGCAGGAUUGGACCUGAGACGAUGGCACAGAACGACCUGUACGAGAAUUCGAGCAUCUCAGGAAGGUGUGUGAGGCAUGGGACAUGCAACGACCUGUGA